AUGUCCGCACCGAAGUCAUUUCCGCCCUCUAACAUAACGGCGCCGCCAGACCCCUUCCUACAGCCUCGCCUCGUUGUCCGACGCGUUCCGGGAAACACCUCACCUCCCCCCUUUCUCCCUCUCAUUUCCCCUUAUGAGCCUCCUCGAUCCCCCCCCCCCUCCUCCCCCCUCUCGUAUCCUCCCCUUUCACCUGCUCGUUCCCUCCACUUCUCCCUCUCGUUGCCCCGCGUGCUGCCACUCCUUUCCCCUUUGUAUCCCUCUCAUUCAACCCCCCUUCUCCCUCUCUUUUCCACCCCUUUUCCUUCUCCUUUUCCCCCCUUCUCCUCUCAUCUCCAACCGUGCUCCCUCUCAUACCCGCCCCUUAUCCUGCUCAUUGCCCUCCCUUCUCCUUCUCAUUUCCCCCCCCCUUCUCCCCCUCAUGCCCCCGUGUUCAACCCCCCUCUCCCCUCUCUGCCUUACACUCCUCUUACCCAAUUCCCAUCUCUUCCGUACAUCAUUCUACCCCCACCUACCGUUCUCUGCCCCCCUUCCCUCACCCCCUCAACCCCACCGCUCACCUGCCCCCCACCGCCCUUUCCUCAUCCCCCUCACCUUUCCUCCCCCUCACCUGGUGCAGCAUGA